CUUGCACCCAACGCGACAUGAUUGGCCAAUUGUAUAUGGCGAAGUUGCUGUCCCUUACCCACCCUUAUUAGAAUAUACAUAUUCAGCAUUCCACCAAGGAAUUUCGUCUCGUCUGGCUCGUAUCAACUCCUCACAACCUUCAAAUGCCGUCGACGCGUUCUGCCCGUGUCAGUAGCGACUUGUCUUGGCUACACGAGUGCUUUUCCAUCUUCGAAGUGCCUGAUUGAAGUCGAAAAGAACUCGACAUGUCGCGCAGAGCCCACCAUAGGUCACGAUCAUCGAUCGACCGCGUCCUAGACCUCCUGUCCGAACUGGAUGAGGACCAGAUGCAAGCUCUGCUUCGCGAGGCCGAAUCUACAGUAUCAGGCAACAUACCCGUCUCCAAGGGCAUUGAUUUCUUCGAGCGCCCCGGCGUAACUCCCUCUCUCGCCCAGUCGCCGCCGCCACAGCCGCCACCGCCACGGCGGAAGUUCCUGACCUCACUGUCACCUCGAAAACAGACAGAGCUAAGGAGACGUUUGAGCAAGCGAGCAUCCACCCAGCAAGACCAGCCCACGGCCAAUUCUGGGAAUCCAGAUCCUAUCAAGAGUCCAAAGAAGACGCCGCGUUCCUAUAAACGGAUCAGCCGUCCGAUUUUCCCUCUUCCCGCACCCGCGGCCACUGCCGACCUCACCGAGCUCCUAGCGGCAUACCUGUUGGAUGCAUCAGUUACACUUCCUUCAGCAUCCACACCCUCUACUGCAUUGAAGUCGCCAGCUCCACUACGUCCACCGUUUUUGUCAUAUACAGAACCUGAGAAUGACGGGCCAGAGCUGGACCUGCUAGAACCAGCACCCGCUAGGGCGCCAGCAACGCUUGACAUCUUCAGUGGUCCGGUGAAAAGACCUACGCGCAAGAUCAGUGGUAUAUUCGAAGUUUUGGACGAUGCGGGCUCUCUUGGCCAUCGUGGAGGCUUCUAAGACAUGACUCCCGUGAGCUGGUCGUUCCCUCGACGUUUAGGAGACGAGAGCCAGAUGCCAGGGUUUAUUCAUGGCGUAGUCUUCACAUUUGGGCGAUGUUCUUGGUAAUAAGGCCCAGCAAUCACUACAGGUUUCUUAUGACUCGUACUGGAGCAUGGCUACCAGUCGAAGGGACUAAUUGGGCUGCGAAAUUGUUCGAAUUCUCUGGCGCAACGGGGCCGUUGUAUGUGUGCACUGUAAAUGUAUAAUGUAUAGGAAGUCUUCGGCGGGCAGAUUCCAUACUACAACUCAUCCCGCUGAGCAGAAGGGUGGGAAAUUGAUACCCAGAUUAUUAUAAGAUGUUUUGAGGCGUUUAGGGCGUACAUACAUGGGAAAGGACAGAGCAUCGGUGCUACUCUGUAUAGUAAUGCCCUCUUACAUUUUCAAAUAUAUGGAUUACCCAACUCGUUAAGUGUCUUGAGUGUGAAAGGC